AUGUUCGAGAAGUCGCUGUACGACCUCAUUCGAGGCCUGCGCAACCACAAGGGAAAUGAGAGGGAAUACAUCCAGGAGAGCCUGCGGGAAUGCCGCAAGGAAAUCAAGGGCCAGGACAUGGACCUCAAGGCCACGGCGCUGCUGAAGCUCACCUACCUCGAGAUGUUCGGCCACGACAUGUCCUGGGCCUCAUUCAAUGUGCUCGAGGUCAUGUCGUCGCAAAAGUACGCCCAGAAAAAGGUUGGCUACCUGGCCGCCGUGCAGAGCUUCCGGCCCGACACCGAGGUUUUGAUGCUGGCCGAGAACCUGCUCAAGAAGGACUUGACUUCGCCCACGCCCACCACCAUAGCCCUGCCCGUCGUCGCCAUCCCGCACGUCAUUAACCCGUCCAUGGCCAAUUCUCUGCUCUCCGACCUCAUCCCGCGCCUUACCCAUUCCCAUUCCGCCAUUCGCAAGAAGACCAUUGUGACUCUGUACCGCCUUGCCCUCGUCUACCCGGAGACGUUGCGCCCAGCUUGGCCCCGUAUCAAGGAGAGGCUGCUCGACGAGGACGAGGACCCCAGCGUGACCGCUGCCAUUGUCAACGUUGUAUGCGAGCUCGGUUGGCGCAGACCGCAGGACUUUUUGCCUUUGGCACCCAGAUUGUUCGACCUGCUUGUCCAGGGCGGCAACAAUUGGAUGGCUAUUAAAAUCAUCAAGCUUUUUGCAACCUUGACGCCGCUUGAACCACGCCUGAUUAAGAAGCUCUUGCCUCCGCUUACUACUAUCAUCAAGACCACGCCCGCUAUGUCUUUGUUGUAUGAAUGCAUCAAUGGUAUUGUCCAAGGAGGUAUUCUCGAUGGCGUCUCAGGCACCACCGAGGGAGAGGAUAUUGCACGCCUUUGCGUGGGUAAACUACGCGGAAUGCUCGUGGUUGAGGGAGAUCCGAAUUUAAAAUUUGUGGCCUUGCUUGCAUUCGAUAAAAUCGUAAGAUCACAUCCGCACCUGGUCUCGUUACAUCAAGAUGUCAUUCUAGAAUGCAUUGACGAUCCGGAUAUCUCGAUAAGGAGCCAGGCUCUCGGCCUGGUAGUCGGCAUGGUUAACCCCGACAACCUAACUCUCAUUGUUGGAAGGCUUAUGCGGCAGCUCCGCAACGCCCCAAUAGCUUCAGCUGCCGAUGACCCGGAGAACGACCGAGGAUAUCACGAAGGUGUCGUGCCUCGCGCGGAUCCGGAUGACGAGGACAUGGAAGAAUCUCUUCGCCGUCACGAGCAAAAGUCAAAUCAGGCACCUCCGCUCCCUGAAGAUUACCGGAUUAAGCUCAUUCGAAGCAUCCUCGAGAUGUGCUCCCGCGAUACUUACGGAAACAUCAAUGACUUCGAUUGGUAUAUUGACGUCUUGGUUCAGCUUGUGCGCGUCUCCCCGAGUUCCAGCUCGGCAUUGGUGGACGGGGGCCUUUCCGACGGCGGCUCUUUGGGAGACAAGAACGACAUCUCGUAUGAUAUUGGAAACGAGCUCCAAAAUGUUGCUGUCAGGGUCAGAUCAGUACGGCCAGAAGCAACCGAGGCUGCACAGUCUUUGAUUCUCGUGGAUCGCCGAGAACAAAUGUUCCCUGCAUCCGGCAAGGGUGGCCAGGGCGUUCUGAAUGCUGCCGCUUGGAUAGUUGGCGAAUAUGCGUCCCUCUUGACAAACCCGGAGGGCGUUUUGAAUUCGCUAGCCCAUUCUUCGACGCCUCAUCUCCCAGCUGAUAUUCUGUCCAUUUACAUCCAGGCCAUACCCAAGGUCUUUGCUUCAAUGGCAGGCAAUGAACAAAUUUCUUGGACCAUGGAACGAAGGACAACCAUUACUCUUCUAAUGGCUCGGAUCAUCCACUUCCUGGAACCUAUGGCAAUGCAUCCCAACUUGGAAGUUCAAGAGCGGGCAGUUGAAUACCUAGAGCUCAUGCGCCUAGCUUCCGAAGCAGCAUCAGGCCAUGAAGCAGGCACGAACGACGGCGAUUUUGUCGAGCCGCCACUGCUUUUGACGCAAGCUAUUCCUUCUCUCUUCACGGGUCUUGAGCUCAAUCCUGUUGCGCCGGGCGCUCAGCGCAAGGUGCAAGUACCAGAUGAGCUUGAUCUCGACACACCAAUUAACUCUGACCUCCAAUCUCUGCUUCGGAAAGCCGAGUACGACUCGUUCAUGGCGGCUGACGAAGACGACGUCUACGCCUUCUAUAACCAGCACCCAGCGCCUUAUGUCCCGCCGGAAACGAUAUCGGCAGCCGACCGCCUUGAAGCCGCGCACGCCGAAUCUUCAGGCUACCAGGCCAGCGCGGAAGAGAAGUACCUGGACCCAGACAUACUCGCACGACGCAAAGCCGAGCGCCGGGCCAAGAACAAAGACGACCCGUUCUACAUUGCGACGGACGAGGACUCGGGCACCAGCACGCCGCUGCACAACAUCCUCAAGACCAGCAACGGCGAGACGCUCGACCUCGACUCGAUCCCGAUCAUGGACCUGGACAUCGAGACCAAGGAGAAGCUGGGCGGCGACUCGCGGCCCCGCCACGAGGCAUCGUCGUCGUCGUCGUCGGCGAAACCGAAGCGCCGUCCCCGCAAGCACGUCGAGAUCCUGGUCGACGAGACGCUCGGCCCCGACGACCCUGGCGCGUCGGGCCCGUCGCCCUCGACUGCGCGCCCGGAUCUGGUGCGCUCGGCGCAGGCGCGCGGCAAGAAAAGCUUGCUGGAGGUUGACUCGAGCGGGCUGGGAGCGCUGAGUCUGGAGGAAGGCGGGAACAGCAAGUUGGAUGUUGAGAGGCGGGAGGCAGAGGAGGCGGAGAUGGCCAAGGCGUUGAAGGAGGUGGAGAGGUUGCGGCUGGAGAUGCAGCGCGCGAAUGAGAGGAUCCAGGCUAAGGAGCCUGAGGGGACGUUGGUCGUGAGGAAGAAGAAGAGGAAGGGCGCUGUGGCGGCGGGGAAGAAGUCGAAGAAGUCUGUGGCGGCGGCGCCGCCGCUUCCGGAAGGGCAGGAGCAGGAGCCUUUGCCCGAGCCAGAGGGUGAGGCGCAGUCGCAGUCUGGGUCGGUGCCUGUGCCGGAGCCUGAGGCUGCGGCUGUUAAGAAGAAGAAGAAGACGAAGAAGAGCGGCGCUAAGAAGGCGGCGGGGCAGGGACAGGAUGCUGCUGCUGCGGGAAAUGGCGACGCGGCGGCGCAGGAGGUCAGUAAGCCGAAGAAGAAAAAGAAGAAGAGGGAUGUGGUGCUGAAUGAGGAGUGA